ACCAAUAAAAUUAAAAAUCACGAUGAUCUGAAACAGUUCUUAUUUCUGUCCAUGUUCAGUUCAGUUGGCAUUGGUAAUUUUCAAACUGUACAACUGCAUCGACUGCACGUGUGUAGUUGUAGUGUGAGAAAGUUUGUUUAUCUAGUGCAACGGUUGUAAAUCAAAUAAUUAAGAAUGAGUUGAUAUUUGUUGAGUGAGUUGAUAUUUUGUGAUAGUUUAAUUAGGCUAUAAAAUCUAUUAGGCUAUUAAUAUUCUAUUAGGCUAUUAAUAUUCUAUUAGGCUAUAAUACAUUAGGCUUAUAGUUUAAUUAGGCUAUUUAGUGUGAUAAAGUUUGUUUAUCUAGUGUAACGGUUGUAAAUCAAAAACUUAAGAAUGAGUUGAUAUUUUGUGAAGUUAUAGUUUAAUUAGGCUAUAAGAUCCAGGUAUGUCUUGUGUAAUUAAAAGUCUUCUGGAACGUCCGUUUUCCUCUCGUUCUUUUAAGGAGAAAAAAUACCUUAUGAACAUUGGAAGACCAAUACCUAACCUCCCAAACUUGAUGCAAAAUUGUGGGAAAUUUACAAGACAUUUUCAGUCGAAUAAUUAUAAAAAGUAUGAAUGGUUAGCUGGAAGUGAAACGUUGAAUGCACUAUUUUGUUGGAAUUGUUUAUUGUUUGGAAGGGAUAGACAUACUUCAUGGACAGAAAAUGGAUUCAAACACCUUGGGAAUUUAAGCAAAUCGCUUGCUUCUCAUGAAAUAACAGUGAAUCACAUAUGUGCUUCAUUGUGUGCUGCUUCUAUCGGUCAGAUCAGGAUAGAGACUGCUUUAGAUGAUCAAUUGAAACAGGAAAUUUUGCAACAUAAUAAAAUAGUCAAGCGAAACCGGGAUCUACUUAAGAGACUUAUUAAUGCGGUUUGCUUCUUGGGAAAACAAGAAUUGGCUUUUCGGGGGCAUAAUGAAGAAGAAAGUUCGAUUAAUCGAGGGAACUAUAUCGAACUACUGAAGUACACUGCUGAUUACGACCCUCUCUUAGCAGAACACUUGGAGACAGCAACUGUUUUUAAAGGUUUUUCCAGUCACAUUCAGAACGACCUCAUUGAUGCGGUGGGUUCAUCUUUAUUAUUGUCAAUAAAAAAAGAGCUUGAGGAAGCAAAUUUUGUGGCGGUUUUGGUGGAUGAAACAACAGAUGUAUCGAAUAAAGCACAGUUUUCUAUUGUAUUUCGUUAUGUAAAUGAUGGACAAGUGAAAGAACGAUUUUUAGGUUUCACUGACAUAAGCAUUGACAAGCAUGAUUCUGCUAUUUCAAUGCAUAUUCUUGAGUUUUUGAAUAAGUUUGGAUGCAGUGAAAAAUUAGUAGCACAGACAUAUGAUGGAGCAAGUACAAUGGCUGGUCAUCUAUCUGGUGUACAAGCAAGAAUCAAAGAGAGCCAUCCUGAAGCACUUUUUGUCCAUUGUUAUGCUCAUGUACUGAAUUUAGUUUUGUCACAAUGUGUAAGUGAAAUUCCUCAAUGCAAAAUUUUUUUCAGCACGUUAAAUGGAAUUGCUGCAUUUUUCUCAAGAUCACCAAAGCGUGUCAUUUUUUUGGAUGAAUUUUUGAAGAGAAGGUUGCCCAAUGUUUGUCCAACUCGAUGGAACUACUCAUCUCGGCUAGUGAACACAGUGCAUAAAUUUAGGAAAGAGCUCUGUGAAGUUUUCCAAGCAAUGCUAGAACACCCUGAGGAGAUAGAAUCUGAUAUCCUUGCUCCAGUCAAUGGAUUCUUAUCAGUUUUGGAGAAGUUCCAGUUUGUUUUUCUCUUAAGUGUUUUUGACAAAAUAUUCUGUCAUACAGACAUUCUUUUUGAUGUUCUCCAGCACCAGGCAAGUGACAUUGUGUACUGCAGAAAAAAAUUGAAAGUAUUCGCGAGACCAUUUCAAAACAGCGUGAUGACUUUGAAAAAAAUUAUGAAGAAGUUUUGAGUGACGUUGGACCCCCAAAAAAGAGAAGGCAGUUCAACUACAAACGAGUGUACUGCGAAUUUUUUUAUAAUAUUGAUGGCCAUUUUCAACGCCGUUUUGAAGACUACUCAAAAUUGGAUUUUCUGCAACUUCUUUCAACCGACAAAUUUCCACAACAUAAAGGAGAUUUCCCAGAAGCAGCUUUCAAUAGUCUUUUAAGCACAUAUGGGAAAUUCUUUGACCAGGUGCGAUUAAAAAAAAACGAACUCAUUGUAUUUUAUUCAAGUGAAGAGUUCAGAGGGAAGACUUUGAGUGAGCUUUGUAAGAUGUUUCUGUCGAAAUCCAACAAUUUGCUCAGAAAAACAUUUGAGCAAAUGGGAUUACUCGUUUCCUUGCUGUAUACAAUUCAAGUCACUACACAGCCUCUGUAGAGAGAUCCUUUUCCGUUCUUAAAAAGAUAAAAACAUACUCUUGGAACACAACAGGCCAAAAGAGACUUUCUCACUUGGGCAUCAUUUCAAUUGAAUCCGAGUUGCUAGUCGAAUUGAAAACAGAGACAUUUUUUGACAAGGUUAUGAAAGUAUUUGCUGCUCAAGAAAGAAGCAUGGAUUUUAACUUUCGCUAAUCCCCAAGUUUUUCAAUUUAAUUCUUAUUCAAGGAAAUCUUCAAUUAUUAUCACUUUAUCACAUUGUAUUUUACAAUGUGUUGAAAAUUUUGUGUUAUAAAUUAUUUUAAGAUUCUAAAGUUUCUGGACGUGGAUUAGUGAUUUUAGUGUUUCAUUUUGUGUUUUUGGCUUUUUUAAUCAAAAGAUUUUUCCAAUUGAAAUUCAUGUGAAAUUAAGAAUAAGUAUCACAGUUUUCCAUCAUGGGAGAUUGUGGUUAUGUUGGCGGAGUGGAACUUCCUACGGGACUCCCCACAAUCCAAGCCAUAUGCUAACAACAACAUUGUAUUAUAUAUUUCCAUUUACAAUAAUCAAGUGCAUAAGUGAAUACAUAACUCAAUGGAACAGACUUGACUACAUACUUGAUCAACUUUGGUGAGUUUUUUUUCAAUUAUAUAUUAUUCUUAGAUAUAUCUCUUGAUAAUAAUAAAUUGUAAUGCAGAGUUUUUAUGUUAUUUCAAGUUUAGAAGGAAAUCUCUUGUCAGUCUACAGUUAGAUUAGGCUUCAAUAGAAAAAAGAAUGAGUAAAAGGAAAUAUCACACGCAUGGUCAAGGAAAAUUACCCACAACAAACAAACCACAAACACCUCCCUCCCCCCGCCCCACCAACAAAUUAUUGCUUCACUAACUUUUUAC